AUGGCGUCGACCCGUGGCGGUCAUGACGCCUGCGAGUCCAAAACGCUCGCGCCCAUCCUUCCCUUGGAGCUCAUCCAGAAGAUCACUGUUCUGGCAGCGCGCACACAUCCAUGGACCAAGAUUUCCCUCGCGCUCUCUUGUCGAGACAUUUGCAACUGGACUGCUCGAGCACGAUGGCAUACCAUCAUCAUACUGAACGAGGCUCAAGCGCGCAGCUUGUUGGAAUGCGUCAGGCGUCAUUAUCCCCUUCCUGAUGAUGACGUCCAACCGUCUCCUUUGCACGGAGCGGGAAGCAUGAAAGCGCAGCCUCUCAAGGAAGAUGCUAUCUCCUUGCCUGCCUCUCUUUCUGGAUGCGUCAAAGCAUUAUUCCUCCACGUCAUGCCGACCAAACCAAGGAAUGCCGACCUCGCGAUGGAGUACGCAGAAGAGAUACUGAUGUGUGAACCGAUUGCCGGCGACCUUGACCUUUUGGACAUUUGGAGGUUUGGCUACGAAGAUGGCAGACAAGAUUCCGGCGAUAGGUACCUGGUGUAUAUGCCGAGAGAGCUCACGAUCACCUAUGUACUGGCCGCCGCAUAUCCCCAGUGGCCCUCAUUCUACCAAUGGCACGGCGACGGCACUCGCCUAAAGCGUCUGCAUAUCAUCGCCGCUGAUUUCGAAGAGCCAGGAGGCAUCACAAUGCCAUACGAUGGCCUGGCACGACUUCGCAAAGGCAGCAUAUCCUCCUCGGAUGCAGGCCUGAGGUACAAAGCUGACGUGGUCAACGAAGCUAGGCCAGCACGGCGCAAUGAUGCAGUCGCCGCUACGAGCGGACGUCCGGAGCCCAUCGAGCUCACCCACAUCCGUUACGAUACGGCUCGAUUCAGCUUCAAGCCACCUGAAAUAGUAGCAGGUACGUGCGGUGCUUUUCGCAGAUGCAGCGUCGCGGAUUGAAGGCUGAUCGAGCUUGCAUCGUUGCAUUCAGCUCGAUUGAAGCCCUUCUUCGUAGAGCUCGCACUGCCGGGGACCAAAAGCGAACGUCGAGCGGAGGAGGUGCGAGCCCUAAGCGAGCUUGGUGCAGGUGGUUUCAGAAGGCUGCACUUGGCCUGGGAAGCAAUGUCGAACGAAGACGCGGUCAACGAAUACUAUAUGCGGCCCCCUUACCACUGGAGAUCAAUCUUCGAGCACAGUGCAGGCUCACAAACUGAGGAAGAGCACGAAAGCACAUACGGAGUGUACAGCGGUGGUUGGCAGGCCGAGAGACGAGGAGCGUGGACCAAUUCGGCUCAAAAAUCGAACGACUCUUUCAAGACGGAGCUGAUAGAAGCAAUCGGCCAGCAGUACGGAUGGAGACCGGGUGACCCGCCUGGUCCAGGCAGCCAAGAGAUAGCAACACCUUCAGAGUGGCAAAACAAGGUGCUGAGAGAUGUCGAAAGGGCUCUGAGGACAAAAUUGGAGCAGAAUCGGACUGAAGAGGACGAGGGCCCUGCACAGGCGGCAAAUCUUACCUCAAGGCCACCGCCAAGGGUGCGAAUCGCAGCAAGAGCGCCAUCUACCAUCAUGCGAAUCGGCGGCAAAGUUCCUUACGAGCCGGAGCAUCGCUUAGCUAUGUUUUGCUGUCGGGCAGCUGGAGGCUUGGGAGCAUGGGACUCUUGA